CACCAAUUUGAUUCUACACAAGAUGUUUGUAUGAACUUCCAUAUACUUUGUCUUGAGCUAUGGUGUAACUCAGUGUGGAAGGCUCAACUAGCAUGCAUAAAGCCCUCGGUUGAGUUCCCAGCAGCAUAAUGGACAAAAAAAGCAUGAGGCAAUAGCUAUUCCACCAGUACCAGGAACUCAGGCAAAUGGUUCCUCCAUGGUGUGUGAUGCUGUCAGCGGAAAUGUGGUUGUAAGAACCACAGAGUCUGCAGACAAGAACUGGAGCUAAGACAAUCUGCACCUGAGUCUGUACAGAGCUGAACCCUGUCACUCCUUCCCUGGCCUGGCUGUGCUGAGGGGGCUGCCUGACCCAGGAUCCCUGAGGAACACAGACUUCAUAGCCUACUCUCGUGUCCAGACAGCUGACCAUAGAGAAGCUGAGCUCCCCAAGUCAACACAGAGUCUCUAGAAGAACCUCCUGGCUGAGAGAGUUGUGGGUGUCCUGAGACCCAAGGUGAUUGAAUGACAUGCAGAACCUUUGAGGCCAAAGCAUUUGAACUACCUGGAAACCUGCAGGCCUCUGAUGGCAACAAACUGAGUCUGCUGAGAAUGAUGGGAAGUCUGCCCAGCAAAGGAAAACCCCUGCCAAACCCAAGCUUGCAUCCUUCUGUCCGAGGCCAGAGACCUGUACCCUUGCAAGCAGAGAGGACCAAGGCCACAGCAGUGGCCCUGGGCAGUUUCCCGGCAGGUGAGCAGGCUGAGCUGUCUCUGAGACUAGGGGAGCCCCUGACAAUCAUCUCUGAGAACGGAGACUGGUGGACAGUGCUGUCAGAAGUCUCAGGCAAAGAGUACAAUGUUCCCAGCGUGCAUGUGGCCAGACUCUCCCAGGGGUGGCUAUAUAAGGGUCUGAGCCGGGAAAAAGCUGAGGAACUGCUGUUGUUGCCUGGGAACCCCGGAGGGGCCUUCCUUAUCCGGGAGAGCCAGACCAGGAAAGGCUGUUACUCCCUGUCAGUCCGACUUAGCCGCCCUGCCUCGUGGGACCAGAUCAGACACUAUAGGAUCCAGCAUCUUGACAAUGGCUGGCUGUAUAUCUCACCGAGCCUCACUUUCCCCUCGCUCCAGGCCCUGGUGGACCAUUACUCAGAGCUAGCAGAUGGUAUCUGCUGCCUCCUCAAGGAGCCCUGUGUCCUGCAGAAGUCUGGCCUACUCCCUGGCAAGGACACGCCCCAACCCAUGGCUGUGCAGAGGACAAUGCUCAACUGGAAAGAGUUGGACAGCUCCUCCCUGUUCCUGGAAGCUCCUGCAUCAGGGGGGGCAUCUCUUCUCAGCGAGGGGCUCCGGGAGUCCCUCAGCUCCUACAUCAGCCUGUCUGAGGGCAUUUCGUUGGAUGAUAAGGCCAAGAGCAGAGGCCGAAAGAGGGAUCAAGGCUGGAGCACCUAGAACCCCAACUCAGAUCAACCUGACUGAGCGCCGCAGAGGCAAAUGUUGUGCAUCGUGUGCGGAGGGCCAAGAAAUCACUGACCUUCUCCAAGGCCUUGACCUGCCUGGCCUCUAGUUUUCAAAGCCAGGGCUCCAGAGAAUAAAUGUCUGGAGUCUGACCUAAUCCAUUUGCCAUUGGGAUGUCACCUCAAUCCCUGCCUCCCAAAUCCCAUCCUGCAUCCCCAUUGCUCAAUGCCAUACUACAUGGUAGAAACCACCUUAGCACCAAGGGAGAAAGAUCAUUUGCAGAGACUACAAGUCUCAGAGGAGAAAGGCAGUCAGAGCAACUGAUGGCUCCCCACAGCAGCCUUCUCUGCCAGCCUCAGCUCUCAGACUGCAUCUCACUGUGGCUUAUCCUUCAGAGCAGGCCAAGCUCUCCCAACCACCCUAGUUUUGCCAUCUUGUGGCCAAAUACAAAAUGACA